AUGCCCCUCCUCCCAACAAUGUCGCCCAAAUCACCCAAAAGACGCACGUCUAAUGGCUCCACAAUGUCCAUGUCGUCGACGGCGAACAACCUCCCGCCCGCCCGCCAAUCCAGACCACUGAAAUCGGUCUCACCGCCCCUCGCGUCGGGGUCACUCCACCGAUUCAUCUACAUCCUCGUCUUCACCACAUCCCUCAUCGCGGCGUACUAUUCAUGGCGUGUUAUGCAAUAUAAGACGGAGGUUGGCGGGUGGUGGAAUCUCGCGUUGGGCAGACGACCACCUCAAUUCGAGGGUGGAUAUGGCAAUGUGAAAAGAGGAAGGGGAAAGAAUAGUGCGCCGCAAGAGCAGACUGUGGAGGAUAGGAUAAACGCGUUAGCAGAAGCGUUGGGCAUGCCGUCGAAGGAGCUCGCGUCAGCAAUCGCCGUCGCGGUCAAGGAAUACGUUCCCCCAGCCAGCCUCUCGUCUGUGGCUGCCAAAGAGACCGGCCCUGCCGUCGAAGCAAUGCUGAACGCAGAGCCAUCGAAAACUGGCAGCACACCAUCGGAAGAAACAGCUGCUGGUGUAGUCGGGGGCAUGUUCAGCGGGGUGGAAAGUUUUGUUGGCAUGGACGAGCCCUAA